CACAGACUCAUUUGCCGCCACUCUCCUGUUUUUUUUUCUACCCGACUGACCUAAGUCACUUAAUUUUAUAUUCUUUUCAGCUUGCAAACUGCUCGCUUCAGCACUUGGGUUUGGGACUUUCUCUGCAACUGUUAGCAGGUGUUUCCGGUUCAGACUGCACUUUUCGAGCGGCCGGAACACUUCUGAGAAAGGCCUGGGCGUUCGGGGGCCCACAGGUUGCAACUGAUACCGUGGCGAAUCCGGCCCUGACCUGUUCUGCAAAGGAAGUGAAUUCUCAGCAGCAACUUCGGCGCGUAUGUCUCCCACUUCAUGCUCUGUGCCGAACAGCAAGAAAAUGGAUUCUCGAUGAAGCAGCGUUGCUGUCAGGUUUGAGAGAUGUGCCAGGAUGUGGUGAGGUGUGCAACGGCCCUUCGGGGGUAACACAAAACAUGACGGGGAAGUGUCUGUGAUCAACGCCGGGAAAGGGCCAUGACAAAGUGCUGAAGCGAGAGGUCUUUGCAGACUCUGCAGAGAGCGUGUCUCAGCGAGGCAGUUGCGGUUCUUCACCAGAAAGCUGAUGCUGAGAGAGCUGCACGACCAUUUCCGUCGUCUAUCGGUGAACUGUCUCACGCUUGCGGCGGGCGGGGGAGGUUGGGGAGUGGUGCGAAUGAGGAAAAGUUUGGCUUGGAAACAGUUUAAGGUUAAUCUUCAGUGAAAGGAAGAUCCCCUCACAACCCCGUUAGUCGAGAGGAACGUGUUCUUCCUUCGCCAAUAAUGGAUAAAACUCGAUGUAUCCUCCUGUUUGUGAUCUCUAUUAUACUGUUAGUUGGUGGUGUAUCCAUCGGCGUUUAUUUUGCAACUCGUUGUGACUACCUGGGCAUGGAGGAGAACUCUGCCGCUUACCUGUUUACCCAGAGCGAAGCAUCCGAUCAGUUGGCCAUCGGAUAUCUCCAGAAGGAGCAAAAGAAUAGCAAAGUAUUUAGCUGCACGUGGAAUGAAGCAAUGAAGAAAAGGAGAGACAACCAGCGUCUUCGCCAUGUCACAGUACCCGAUGGACUCAAAGAGCAACACUUGUUGGCCGUCAUUGCCUAUACGUUGCCGCCGAUUGGGAAAUGCGGAAACUUUUCCAAUGACUUCAAAAAGGCGAUUAAAUCGUCCGGAAGGAGCAACAGGGACUAUCAGAAAUUCCCGUUUAAGAGUUUCCAUUAUCUUCUGUCUGUUGCCCUCGAGAAACUGAGAGGGAUCUCGGGCAGUGCGCCCCCGCACAUCUACAGAGGGGAGAGCAAAUAUUCCUGCUGUAAGGUGGGAACACUAAUGAGAUUUGGAUAUUUCGCUUCCUCUUCGAAGAGUAAUGACGUCGCCAACGAUUUCGGGAAAGGAACCACGUUUACCAUAAACUCAAAGUAUGGCGUCAGCAUAGAGAAAUACUCAGUUAACGAACGUCAGCAUGAGGUGCUGAUUCCUCCCUAUGAAAAGUUCAACAUCACGGCAAUCUCCAAACGGAGUGACGGGGUUGACAUUUCUCUCAGGGCGGCGGGUGUAGAAUGGAUCCCGGUGAAGGUGGAGCGGGACGAACAAGGCGGCAUGCGGGUGGUGCGUAGUGAUGGGGCGCCCAUUGCCGCAGUGGCGGGGCUGUGCAUCCUGGCGCUGCUCGGUCCCAUUUCCGUGUAAGGUUCACGCAGAACGUUCGCACCUUCAGGUUAUAUUUCAACCGAGCUUAGACCAUAUGUGCAGAAUAAGGCUUUUCGGCGCAUCGAGUCUGCUUUGCUAUUCCGUCAUGGCUGAUUUAAUUUUCGCUCUCAACCCCAUUCUCCUGCCUUCUCCCUGUACCCUUUGACGCCCUUAAUAAUGGAGAACCUAUCAACCUCCACUUUAAAUAUACCAAAAGACCAGGCCUCCACAGCCGUCCAACACCAGCAGAUUCUUCCUUAGAUGGGGACCGCAAACUUCUCACAGUACUCUAAAUGUGGUCUCGCCAUUGCUUUAUACUGCCUCAGCAGUACGACCUACCCGUAUCUGCAUGGGCUUCCUCCCACAUUCCAAAGAUAUACGGUUUAGGAAGUUGUGUACAUCCUAUGUUGGCGCCGGAAGCGUGGCGACACUUGCGGGCUGCCCCAGUGCACCCUACGCAAAAGAUGUAUUUCAAUGCGUGUUUUGAUGCACGUGUGACUAAUAAAGAUAUCGUAUCUUAUUCUAGUCCUUUCUAAAUGAAUGCUAACAUUGCAUUUGCCUUCCUUACUAACGACUCAAACUGCAGGUUAACCUUCAGGGAAUCCCUCAGCUGGAGUCCCGAUUUCCGAAUUCGCUCCCAUUUAGAAAAUAGUCUACGACUUUAUUCCUUCUACCAAAUUGCAUUACCGUACACUUCCUGCACCAUUCUUCAAAAUAUUGCCCUUUUUGCGGAAAAUACAGCAGAAAUGAUAAACAGCGCAAACUAAAUUGCUGGAAACACAUAAAAGGUCAGGCAGCAUGUGCGGAAGUGAAGCAUGGUCUAACAUUUCAAGUCGGAGACCGUUCGUCUGGUUUCGGCUGAGGAUCUGGCGAUGGCUUCUUGAAACAUUGAACAUAGAACAGUACAGCACAGUACCGGCCCUUCGGCCUUCAAUUUUCUGCCCACAUAGUUAAUCCCUCCCACCUAUAGAACACCCGUAUUCCUCUCAUUCAUAUACCCAUCCCAGCCCCUCUUCAAAGCCCCCAAUGAAUUUGCUUCCACCACCCUAUCAGGCAACGCACUCCAUGUAACUGCACUGUGUAAUGUAUUGAUCUGUGCGAUCGGUUUUUAUGAUCAAGCUUUUCACUGUACCUCUAUACAAGUGACAAUAAUAAACCA